AUGAUCAAACAAAAAUCAGCCCAAACUAUAAAAACAAGACGUAAAAUGUUUAAAAAAAAUACUUCAAUUACAAAGCCAUCAUUUCUUGAAUCCAAAACCAGAGAAAGGUUCAUAAAUCUGAACUUUGAGAAAGAAAUUCAAAACGUGUACAAUUAAAAUAGGAUUAAAAAAACUAGCUACAAGCAAGGUGUGCCACGGAAGUCUCAGAAAAACUGGCUUAGUAUGUUUGAAGACCCAAAUGAGCAAAGAAAUGAAAUAAAGUCUCAACAUAUAAAAUCAAGCAAAAGCCAAACCAAUUUAAAUUCCCAAAUGAAUGAUCAAAAAUUCAGAUGAAAAUCAGAAAUGUCGCCUGUUGACGAUAAAAAUUCAUUUCCAUACUUUAAGAAUUCUCUAAAUUUAAGAAGAAUUCAUAAUAUAGAUAAAUCGCAAGAUUUAAGCAUGAGAAAUGGAUAUACUACAAAUAGAAAUACUUCAGGUCUAAGCAUAAUUUCUUUGAUUUCCAUAAAAAACUGAAUGGUUGUAGGACCAAGCCAUUUGGAUGGAAACGAAAUCUUAUUAAGUGGAGCUAACUCCCCUGAGAGGGACAUUAAGACAGAGCGAAAACUGCCCCAGUCAAGAAUGCUAAGCCCUCGUCCAUACGAUUCCAAAGUGAGCAACUCACCAAUUGACCCUAAAAUUGUCAGCUCAGACCUGAGAGUCAGUAAAUCGCGCCUUACCAGGCGCUAA